AUGGACCGUCAGCCCACAAACUUCGCCAGGCUCCCUCAUCCCUCUGGCCCUGCCUUGGUCAGUCGUUGCCCUUCCUGCGCAUCUGGACUCCACUCCUCUGGCUGCGCCUUAUCCUUCCGUCCUGCCAGCUACGUUGAGCUCUUCCUUCCCUCCAGCUACACAUCUGUCAUUCUGGCUCUGCCACAAGCUUUUAGACCAGCGUUGUCACAUCGGUCGGUGGACCGUCUACUCCACCUUGUCCUUACGGCUCAUGGACUUCACCUCCAUCUGCACCAUGGACCAGCGUCGUCCCAUCGGUUGGGGGAGGAACUCGAGAUUGAUUCAUUGUCUAAAGCACAAUUUAUUACUAAGGAUUCCAAGAAACUGUUUGAGGCCCAGGGAGAGUGGGAACUUCUCUUAAUCGACACUUCUAGGGUUAAUGGAACGUUUACAGGGCUUUUACAGGAUCUGCUGGUAUAUCAGAUCACCAUCAAGAGAAGACCUUUGCUGUAUGCUAUCAACAUUAUCAUACCUGUGUUCUUCUUCCUUCUGCUGGAUGUGGCCUCAUUCUUCAUAGAAGCAAGUGGGCCAGACAAGCUGAGCUUUAAAGUCACUUUACUUCUGGCUAUUUCUGUGCUGCUGCUCAUUCUUAAUGACACACUGCCCUCUACGGCUGACAGAAUUCCUCUGAUUGGGGUUUACUGCAUUGUGAUAUUCAGUCUCAUUGGCAUCAGUAUUUUGGAGACCAUCCUUGUAAAUUAUCUGAUGGCUAAAGAUGCUGAGGAAAAAUCAGCUGCAUUAAUGGAAAAAACAGCUGCUGUUAGUGGACGAGACGAUAGUGUCAGAAAUGAGCAGAUUCUUCCAGAUUCUGUCAGAGAUGAGAAUGAGGUUCAGAUUUCAUCGUUCUGGAUCAGAGUGGCAAGAAUCACAGACGUGGCCUUCUUCAUUUUCUACAUAAUCACUGUUGUUGUGUUUCUGUCCGUGCUUGGGAAAAUUUGGAUUUCAUAAGUGGUGUCUUGUGUGCUAUUCCAUACAUUUAAUCCUAACUUUGACUCAUAGUUUAUUUACUUAUGGUACUUCAAAGAGAUUAGUAGAUAAAACUGCAUUAUUAAUUUAUGUAGAAGUGCAGAAUAAAUAAAGCUGAUUUCCCCAUGGUUGUUUUCCUACAGUCACAUAACCUUCGCCAUACCAUGACAAACACCUCUCAAAAAUGAACAACAAUGAUAUAUUUAUUAUAUAUUUAUGAUAUAUUUUGGGCCAGAUGCUGGCCAGAGGGAGAAGGAGAGCGGCGGUAAAUGCAAAAUGUACAUGCAAAAUAUGCACAGUGGGUAAUGUCAGAAGUAUAAAUCCAGGUUUAAUCAUUUGUCAAUGGUUUUUUUUUUUUAAACGUCUAAAUCUAGUUGUUUGACUCAAGUGCACACCUCUCUUUGUGUCUAACACACAUAAAAUGUCAUAUAUUUCAGAGCUAACCUUCAGUAAAUAAAGGUGGCAUUGGAUGCCCAUUUUACAAGUUGAGAUCUUUUGGAUCUUAAUAAAAAUCUAUAGCUUCCUUUGGUUAAAUUUCUCAAUGGAUUUGUGAAUAAAUACCUCUUUUUACUUUUGUAAGAAUCCAAAAUAUCAGACCCUGAGAACUGUUAUGGAAUUUUCAUGAGACAAGAUGCAGUGCUCCAAUGCACUUUCUAAUCUGAGAAAUGAUGAAGAAAGCAGCUGUUCAGCUGUUCAAUUCAAAUCACUGUUGACAAUGCAAACUUAGGCCCCGUUUACACUAAUGCGUUUUUGUUUUAAAACGCAUAAGUUUUGCUACGGUUGCGCCAUCUGUUUACACUACACCGGAGUUUUCGAGAGCCGAAAAUGGAGCGUUUUGGAGACGCUGGAGAGGCCGUUUUCAUUCUAAAACGCUGCUGCUCCGUUUCAGUGUGGAUGAGGAAAAACGGAGACAUCUGAAAACGGAGGCGGAGCUGCUGACAUUCGCCUAUUUGAUUGGGGCAUUUCCUCAAUAUUAAGUAGCCUACACGCACAGUUCAGUCCUGCAUCCUCUCCUUGUAAGUUCAGACUUUG